CACAGCGGUAUCUUCCAUCAAACCAAAAUAAGAAAAUGGCAGAAGGAAGUUCGGAAAAGAAGACAGAGGAAGGGGUAAAUUACGAUCAUCCAGUGUACAAGGAGAUAUCGUUAUCCAAUGGCAUGAUAAAUAGGAUGAAGAAGGAGGAAGUCAAGGAUAUCUUGGUCAAACUUGGCCUUGAUUCGAGAGGGGUAAAGGAAGUCCUCCAAAGAAGACUAAAAAAUCACAUCAAAAAGGAGAAACUUGCCAAGGCCAAAGUCCAGCAUUGCUCCGUUGACCGGGAUGGCAUAGCUUACUACUGUGUCAUUGACUUCGAGGCAACUUGUGAGAAGGAAAACCCAGAGGGGUAUCAACAUGAAAUCAUUGAAUUUCCAGCAGUGCUGGUUAAUGCAAAGACUUUAGAAAUUGAAGGCGAAUUUCAACAGUAUUGUAAACCUCUUUUGAAACCCAGGCUAACCAAGUUUUGCCAGGAACUAACUGGAAUCUCUCAGGAAACUGUUGAUAAAUCAGACAACUUCCCCCAGGUGCUUGACAACUUUCAUAUCUGGCUCAAAGAGAGAGGAAUUGGAACAACUCACAAGUUUGCUGUGGUCACAGACGGGCCUUGGGACAUCCAAAGAUUUCUUGUUACCCAAUGUGAAAUUUGCAACAUCAAUCUCCCUAAAUGGUCAAGGAAGUACAUCAACCUCAGGAAACAUUAUCGGAACUUUUACAAAAUGAAAUGCAAGUUGAGCGAAAUGCUUGAAAACUUGGGACUGGAGUUUGAGGGGAGACCUCACUCUGGCCUGGAUGACUCCAGAAAUAUUGCAAGAAUUUUAAUCAAAAUGCUUAAAGAUGGUGGUGAUUUGUCUUUUAAUGACAUAGUCUAAAUGAAACCUCAAUCAUUUUCUAAGAUUUUCAACAAAGUACACUUUUUUUAGUCCAGGUGCCCAUAUUUGGGCAUCCUAGUUGAGUCUAGAUGCCCAUAUUUGGUCAUCCUAGUUGAGUCUCGGUGCCAUAUUUGGGCAUUCUAUGUCAGCGUACACAUUCUCCAUGCCUGCCGGCCUGUGUGAACUUAAACACGAGGUUCCACUUUAAAAGGGAAAGCUCCUCCCACCCCCGGGCUCAAAAAUUAAAAAUUGAUCAAAAAUCGCUAAUCUCUGAGCCUCAGUUGGUUUGAAUAAAAAUAUUUUUGCACAGGUAACAAGACAGUUGUGUGAAGAGAUUGAUAAAUUAGUGAUUUGCUGUCCACAUUUUCGGCGCAAAAUUUUAAAAUUUGCGCUACCCAUAAUCUAACGAAUGUGCAUAAAUUAUUAUCGCGCUGUGACGAAAAUGCUUGUAUUUUACCGCGCACACAGCUUUGUAUAGCAUUAAUUUACUAUAAAUAGAAACAUUUUAGGUGGUAGUGAAAAAGUAUCAUGUAUGAAAUAAAAGCAUGAGAGUGCUCUUGAAGACUA